UUACAAUCUUAAUGUACUGCUCUUGUAGGCUAUUAAAACUGAAUCAAUGAACUUUUGAAUUGCUGUUGAUACAUUCUAUAGGUAUAUCCCAAGGUAUAGUCAAAUAAAAUUUGUAGGCAAGGUAGAUACAAAAAUUUAUAUAAUUUUUCAUGAAUUGAUGAAUUUAGAAACUGUCAACAAUCAAUAAUAAUAUCAGAGAACCGCACUUUGAACUUACGAAAAAACUGUGCUGAAUGUUUUAUUUAUUAAAUUAACCGUCAUUAAAGCACAAAAUUUUGUUAUUAUAAAAAUAUAUUGAAUUUCCUCCCCUCUUAUUUAACUAAGAAAAACGCUAUCUAUAUCUAUCGUUUCCUACCUCGGUGGUGUUAAAAAGCUUCCAGUCAGCUGACAGAAUCGCUCUUAGAAAAUGUCCGUAUCCAACUUACUUUAUAGAUUAAAUAGUGCUGCAAAGGGCUUGGAAAGGGCCUUAUUUAGGGCCCUUACAGGAACUUAUCAUCCAGACGAUUAUAGGUUAUGUCUGGAUAUUCCGCUGGAAAACAAAACUUUAAAGGGAAAUAGCGAGAGGAAAGGCGUUUUGGAAUCGAUUCUAGGGGACGGAUUUUUAUUUGCCGUUCCGAAGCACCGGAGAACUAUAGAAAAACGACUUAAGAGGAAAUUUGGCAAUCCAGAGUACGACUUGAAAAUUUUGCUUCCAAGGAAGAAUUUAAAGACCUGCAACGUUUGUGGGGACGAUCACGAGAUUGGAGUUUUAUGUCCAACAUGCUACAAGAAAGUUAUCGAUGAAACCAAAGCUAUGCAAGAUGCUAUUCAAAAUGAGUUGAAACUGGAACCUGUGGAAAAAGAGAUUGUAGUUCUGUACGAUGGGGAGAAAGAUAAACAGCCAGACGAGUUCUGGAACGGUAAAAGGAUUGUGGAAAUGAAAAAAUCAAGACCAGAGUGGUUUAGUGAGAAUUUGCUUCAAAAAACUACUCAAAAAGGUGCCACAACCAGUGAUGUUAAACCAUCGGAGCUGGGUUAAUUUAAUUUAGAUGAACAGUAUGUUUUUUAUGUUAUAAUUCUGUAAUAAAUAAAUUAUAAACAAUU